CGUCUUGCGUUGGCUAGCUUGAUGGCGGCUGUCAUGUUGUUAGCCUGGCUGGUGGGACACUCCUAGCUCGUAUCCCCUUCCUCAUCGUCAGGUCCCCCCUCCCCUACCGAGCCAUGGCCGAACAGGCCGCGGGAGCCCCUCCGUCGUCCCAGCAUGACGACGAGCUCCAGCAGCGCAUGCAGGCUCUGGAGCGGGAGCGGGCCAAAUUCGGCAAAGUCAAGCAGCAGCUGGAGGCCGAGUUUAACCAGAAGAGAGCCAAAUUCAAAGAGCUCUAUUUGGCCAAAGAGGAGGACCUGAAAAGGCAGACGACGGCGCUGGAGUCGGCCCAGGCGGAACUGAGCUCCGUGCGGGCCCAGCUGACCCAGGCCCGCUCCGAGAAUGAGACCAUCAAGGCGGUGGCCACCGUGUCGGAGAACACCAAGCAGGAGGCCAUCGACCAGGUCCGCGGCCAGUGGCAGGAGGAGGUGGCCUCGCUGCAGGCCAUCAUGAAAGAAACGGUUUGCGAGUACGAGGUCCAGUUCCACCAGCGUCUGGAGCAGGAGCGAGCUCAGUGGGGCCAGUACCGUGAGGCCAUGGAGAGGGAGCUGGGAGACCUCAGGCGGCGCCUCACCGAGGGACAGGAAGAGCAAAACCUGGAGGACGACAUGAAAAAGGCUCAGGAGGAUGCGGACAAGCUCCGCUCGGUGGUGAUGCCCAUGGAGCAGGAGAUCGGCACGCUCAAAGCCAAGCUGACCACAGCCGAAGACCGGGUCAAGGAGCUGGAGGCGUCCAAGGUGAAGGAGCUCAAUCACGUUCUGGAGGCGGAGAAGUCGUGUCGCACCGACCUGGAGAUGUACGUGGCCGUGCUCAACACGCAGAAGUCCGUCCUGCAGGAGGACGCCGAGAAACUGCGCCGGGAGCUUCACGAAGUAUGUCACAAGCUGGAGCUGGAGCGGCAGCAGCACAACCAGCUCAAGCACACGUGGCAGCGCGCCAACGACCAGUUCCUCGAGUCCCAGCGCCUCCUCAUGAGGGACAUGCAGAGGAUCGAGAGCGUCCUCUCCUCUGAGCAGCUGCGGCAGGUGGAGGAGAUCAAGAAGAAAGACCAGGAGGAGGACGAGAAGGAGAGGCUGAGCCAGGUGAAGGACGCGCCCGAGGAAGACGGCGCGGACAACACGGAGCCCUUGGAGGAUAUCUUCCUGGGGCUGAGCGUGGAGGAGCCGCCGACCAACUGCAGCGCACACGGCUCUAUGCACUCCCUGGACGCCGACUUGGUGGCGGGUGGCCCUUUAGACCCCUACAAGGACAACCUGCGGCGGGCGCAAUCCACCGACAGCCUGGGUUCCUCCUUGUCGGCCACGCAGGGCCUGAACCACAAGGCCAAGUCGGCCGGCCACUUGGACGAGUCGGAUUUCGGGCCCCUGGUGGGGGCCGAAUGCGGCGCGGUGGACGCCGGCUUGGGCGACACCUGGUCCAUCAGCUCUAUCAAGCUGACGCCCGGCCACUUCCUGCUCACCAAAGAUCAGGAGAAGGCCAUCAAAGCCAUGACGCCCGAGCAGGAGGAAACGGCGUCCUUGCUGUCCAGUAUUUCGCAAGCCCCUGACACUGCCUACUUAUCGCCCGCCGGCUAUCGACUGGUCAGCGACAGCGAAUGGAACCUGCUGCAACAGGAGGUGAAGAACGCGGGCAAGAAACUGGGCCGCCGCUGCGACAUGUGCUCCAACUACGAGAAGCAGUUGCAGGCCAUCCAGGGCCAGGAAGCCGACACGCGAGACCAGGUGAAGAAACUGCAGGCCAUGCUGCGGCAGGCCAACGAUCAUCUUGAGAGGAGCGUGGCCGAAAAACAGAGUCUGGAAGAGUCCGUCAAGCUCGGCAAUGAGGAAAUCGCAGCUAAGGUGUCCGCCCUCGUCCAACGAGUGCAGGAGUCGGAAACGCUGCUGGCCACGCUUCAGGAGGCCUUCGGCGACGCUAAGAGGAACACGCAAGGACAGAUGGCCGCGCUGGUGCACUCACGCGAGCAAGUGGCCGACGAGCUGAGCCGACUCCAGCGGGACAACGAGACCCUGCAGGGAAAACACCGUCUGCACUCGGAGCUCCUGCAGCAAGACGGCUUCGCCAUGCCCCACAGCGUGCAAGAGCUGCAGGCCGCCGUGCUGCAGCUACGCCAGGACACGGUGGCGCUGCGGACGUUCGCCGAGCACACGGAGGAGAAGCUGAAGGCCGAGAUCCUCUUCCUCAAGGAGCAGAUCCAAGCCGAGCAGUGCCUGAAGGAAAACCUGGAGGACACGCUGCAGAUGGAGAUUGAGGGCUGCAAGGAGGAGCUAGCUUCCUUCUCCAAUUUGAAGACGGACCUGGAACGGAUAAAGGCGGAGAAGGAGCAGUUGCGGAGCGCUUUGUCGCAAACGACCGACACACUGGAAAGCAUCAGGACCUUGAGGAGCGGCCUGGAGCGGCAGCUCCAAGAUCUCAACGCCGCCAAGAGUGCGCUGGAGAGUCAGCUGUUUGAAGAAAAAGACAAAGCGCAGCGCUUGCAAACGGAGCUGGAUGUCAGCGAGCAGGUCCAGAAGGACUUUGUCAAGCUUUCGCAGACGCUUCAGGUGCAACUAGAGCGAAUACGACAGGCGGACUCUUUGGAGCGAAUCAGACUCAUUCUCAACGACACCAACUUGACUGACAUCAGCCAGCUUCCAGAUACAUGAAGUGCCUCCUUCCUUCCUUCCUUCCUUGCUUCCUUCCUUCCUUCCGCCCUUCCUCCAUCCCUCCAACGUGAUCGACCCUGCUUCUUCUCCUCGUCACCAUCGCGGAAGAAGCCAAGGCAGGUAGGAAGGAGCGGCGGCUUUUUUUGUGUACAUUCGAUGGCGGAACAGCAAAGAAGAAAGAAGACUACUAAAAAGAUUGCGAGCGUGCUCACGGACGGACGAGGGUGGUUGAGUGCCACCUUGCCUGUGGACGUCUCCUUCCAACUGUAGAUAGGACUGCGUUGAUUACGUCUGAUUAGCUUUAAACAACAUUGAAAAAAAAGGUUUGUCGUGGUAUCGAAGCACUUUUUUCCUAGCUAACAACUUGGAUGCUUUUUUAUUUUCUCACCAGACUGCUCCACAAUUGCUCAUCCUAUAUGUUGCUAGUCCCGCCCCUUUGGUGAUUUUUUAAAAAAUUUUUUUUUAUUUUAAACACCAGGGGUUCUCAAACUGGGGUCCAGAACUCAGGGCUACACAGAUGAAUUUUAACACACAUAAGCGUAACAAAUUAUUUUGCAUCGCUUCAAGUCACCAAUUACAGCUUUGGGCCUAUUAAAAGCUCUGAUGCGAUUGUGACAUCACAACAUCUGACAUGGCAGCCUGUUUUUUUCCGAGGAUUUAAUGAUUGGAAUGACAUUUUUUCCUGGAUGUUUAGUGGCACACGUGAAAGUUGUAUAGUUGGCCAAAAAGCCGGAAAGUUUGAGAACCCCUGCCCUCCAAGGCGCACCACGUGAAGGAAUUAAUGCAAUUGUUGCACAAGAAUACAAUCCAAAAAGGCAACGCCACUGCGUCUCGAUUUAGCCCCCACCCCACGUUACCCCCAUAUGUACAAAACAUUGAACAGUUUUAUUCUUCAUAUUACCCCCCUCCCAAUCUGAUGUGCACAGGUAAGUCCAGUACAAAGGCCCUCCAAAGUGGAACACCAUCCAAAAUUGAAGUUUAGUUUGUAUAUUACUGUAAUGACACAUAGAUAGCUGUAGAUGGUGACACCGGAUCCCUUCAACAGGGGGGGGUGGGAUCUUGGCUUGUCACCAUUAUGACUUAGGAGGGAGGGAAACGCCAACAUGAUGCGUGCCCGGGUAGCUUGCUCCAUCAUCGUGACAAAAGAUGACACUGCCUUUAAAAAAAAGUUUUGUCAUAUGUGUUGUAAAUUAUUCUGCCCUGUUACCGUUUUAUUUUUGUUGUUUUAUUGUUUAGUUUUGGAUUGAACUCCAGAAUUGUUCAGGUUUUAGGAAUGUUCCACUUUGGAGGCAUUUACAAAAGACAGUGUGGGCAGAGUUAUGCAUUUAGUCAAUUACCAUUACGAGCCUGCGUAAAUGUGAUUGUUAUGAUUCGUAUAUGGCCACAAAUUAGUGUACUACACUGAAGCUUCCUGUCAUUUAUCAGUAGUUUUUCCAUACAUUCGCUGGUCAUUAAUUUAUACAUUAAACCCAUUAUGUCAAUAAAAUAUCAACUAAUCGUGCAAAAA